AACAAAUGUGAUAUGCUGGUUAGAAUUGUCCCUGGAUAUUUUGUCGGAAAGCCCGGUAUAUUGAUAUUGUUUGGGGAAAAAUACUGUGGCACGCUGAGCUAAAACAAAACCAGCAAUAACCUAAACCAGUUAUAUGAGGCCAAAUUGAAGUAUGUCCUGUGUGCGACAUAUGGUGGUUUGUGCAAUUAUUUUCGGUGGGGCUAAUGGGGUUACGUUUUUUGAUACUUUACAAGAGGCAGUUCAAGAUGUAGGCUCCUUUUUAAAUGAUAUUGGAAAUGGUGCAAUCAAAGUAAUGGAUGCAUGGAAUUUCAUUCAAGAAUUUGUUGAUUCAACAAUUGACGAGGACUGUGAAUUCAAGUGUAAUUUGGGUUAUGUGCCAGUAAACAACACUGACUACAUCCCCUCAUCAGAUGGCUGUGGGAGCCUGGGGGUCAAGUGGGACACGGAGAGUCUGCCCGUGGAGCAGCUCUCGGACUGCUGUGACGCGCACGACCUCUGCUACGACACGUGUGGAUCGGACCGCGACUUCUGCGACCUCGCCUUCAAACGCUGCCUCUACGCCGUCUGCGACCGCGAGAAGAAACGACUCGACAAGCUGGCACAAAAAGCGUGUAAGGGCGCCUCCAAGCUUCUGUACACCGGCACGUUGGCGCUCGGCUGCAAGUCGUACCGGGACGCCCAGCGGCGAGCGUGCCGCUGCGUCAAACCGGAGCGCCAGGCGCCGUGACACCGCCGAGCUCCCCGCCGAUCGCCGUCCUGCCAGUGCCUUCCGCAGUGAGAUGGCUAUUCUUUCAGUGUCUCACGUUGGACGUGACGGGAAAGCGUGGUAAGAUGCCCGUCGUCCGGUAGACCGCUGGAGGCACUCAAGUGAUAUUAGGGGAGAGUGGGGCAAAGCGG